GACGUGGAACUUUGCUGCGUAUCUCCAUAUCUUGUAUUUGAAUCAUUUGCAAUCGACUAUGCGUAUUAGGUGAUAACACUGAGAAAGAUGGCGUAUAGUCGAUUGACCAUAUGUUUCACGUGACCUUUUUUUAAGGUUUAAAAAAUGAGGCAUUCUUUUUCGUGCGUUCCAAGUUUUGGGAGUUGUGGGAGAUUAUAUCGCUAGGACCCUCCCCACGCUAUCACGAAGGAAAGUGAUUUUAGAAUAUCGGAAAUUUUUUUUGUAUGUCCUUGUCGAAAUUCAAAAGUUUUGUCUUACACUCAAGUGUCACACAGCAAAGAUUAUUUCUCGAUGACCAGGGUACGCCAGGGUAGCAAAUCGGUAUAGCGUUAGAAGACCAAACUGACGGUAGUUCCGCGUGUCUCUUUGACCCAGAUUGUGGGGAAACGUGACGGUUUGUCACGUUACGUACUACGUCUAGAAGAAAUUAAAAUCAAUAAAUCUAUCGAUCGUACAUAUUAGACUACGUAAUUACAGAUCUUUGUGCUUUCAUGGCCAAGCUGCUCUAGUGCGAAAAAUGUCUGGUGACAAACCUUCUGUGUCAUCAGCAAGGCUAUUCUUAACGACUAGAAAUACGCACAUGUAAUCGAUGAUUGACCUUGGUCCACAUUGCCCAUAGACUUGCAAAAGCAGAAAAAUUUUAUGUCGAUACCAUCUUGGGCCAAAAAUUGUCCUGGCGAGUUUCACCGCGUACGAAUGUGCGUUCAAAAGUUUUGCGGAUGGCAAGUAACAUAAGAAGUGCAAAGAACUUCCUUCGUGAGGCACCGGAUACCUUGACGUGGGACAAUCAGCUUCUCAUCUAUAUGUGUUACGCACUGGGUCAGGCCCGAUCCAUCGAGGUUUUCUUCCGAAACGUUAGGCUUAUCGUAUACCCCAAUUUGUUUGCGAUCGUCAAGCGCAUCACGAUAACCCUAGAUAAUGAAACGCAAAUGGAAGACAAUCUUGAUUGUAUGACGAAUUGCUCUCACUUAUACUGUCAUCGUAUCUCCGAGCUAUCAAACAACUUGAAUGGCUCGCUAUUCCCCUUGUGUAAUCAUUCAAUUAUUUUUCAUUUCAUUUAUCUACUCACAUCAACGCACAUAGUUCUAGUUAUUUCAUACACGCAUUCACUUAGAAUAAGUGGGCCUAAAUAGUCAAGUUAAUAAAUACACGGGUUCACUAUCUGCUGAGUAGCGCGUUUAUUUUGCUCUAAAAUGUAAGUUGUCCCGAAUUUAACAUCUAAGUUAGACUUGUCCCACCAAUGGCUUAAUAUAUCGUUGUUAUUAACAUACCGCAGUGCUCGUACUAUUCCUGGCGCGAAUAGGUUUUUGUUUUUAAACGAAUGUUAGCUGUACGUUCGUGUCGACUUUUGACUUUAUAGGAACAAAAUAAAGGCUCCAAUCUGCAUUAUUAUAAACCGUAAGAUUGUAUUAUGGGUACACAAGAAACGGAAAUGUGUGGGUGAGACGUAUAUGUACAGUAUAUAGAAAGCAAGAAGUGACCACCUCGAGUCUCAGUGGUGAGCUACGUCACGAAAACUGUCAACCCCACGUUCGCUAUAUGCAAUUGUCGGAUGGCGUGAUUUUUCAUUUCAGUUUACUUUCUCUGUUUCUUUAACGGGCCCUCCGCUUUGAUUUUCUCCGUCAAAUGCCGCGCCCCCCACACCGGUGUAACACGUUAGACUUUUUGUUUGUAAUCGUUCGUCAAUUUUCAACAGUAUAGAAGACGAUCAUCCCCAAAAUGUUUAGCUAUACAUGAUUGAGCCCAAAGCACAAUAAACAAAAAAACGAUUCUUCGUUACUUUCAAGUACGUCCCAAUCGAACGUUGUACAAGGAAGGGCCCUGUACGGUGUGCGGUCUUUAUAUACUUUGACGUCCUUAUGUCUGUUGUGUAUAGUCUCUACGUCGAAGGGGUUGCGUACAUUACAUUCGGUAAACAAGAGUAGAGCGUGGCGGGACUAGUGGCCGCGCAAUGCUCCUUCGUGUUCACUUGCUUCCUCGAUAAGUCGAUAACAAGUAUAGGCCUGCAUACUGUGUAUACGACUGCAUCGCUAAAAUAUUCUGUCAGUCGUGUUGGUAUAUCCCACAGAGUUAGUUCAUAUCCAUUGGUGGUGCCCUGUAUAUUCAAAUUCUUGCUCAUCACACACACACACACACACACACACGGACUGGCCAUCUUUCAGCAAUGACUCGAUAUCCGGGUCGAAGUACUGGAAUUGGCGAAAGGCCACCUUUACCUAACGUGUUACCAGUGCCAGCUAGUCUCGGGACACCUAUCACAGAGCCAACGGCGGUGGCAUUGAGGCAAGUUGUCUUUGGACAAUGUCCGAGCAUGAUACGAUCGGAAUUCUUCUCACGUGGACCGGGAAUGGUGUUCCGGGAAGCAGAACAACAGCUCGCCUAUGGAUUAACGUUCAUCGGCGGUGAUAUGACUCCAAUGGCCCGAUCCGUCCUUAUGAUCGUUCAAGCACAGAUUUUGAAAACGCUCCUCUUCGAAACGGAUCCCGCAAGAAUAUUAAAAUCAAGACGGGACCCUUUAGAGCCGACCAUGACGAUACAGAAAGAAGCUCUUGUGGCAGCUGUAUCUGAAAUCAUCUGGCGGGCUGGAAGUGGCCAAGGCAUUCUCUGUUUGCCAAGCAAAUCCCUUGUACAUUUGCCCGAAUCGCCGCAAUUCAAUCAAGACGGAGUCACUGAAAAAUUGCAGUUGGUACCUUUCGCAAAGUGGGACGAACUUGUGACGGUGUUGCGUCGAUACAUUUACAUAUUCCAGGAAGAGCCUGGUCCGGCUGUUCUUCUUCUUUUGUACAGUGCCGUCUUAUCCAGGGGUUUGGACAGAGUGAACGAAGACUUGAUGGGUCGAGCGGCCAAUUUCAGCGGACUAGCACACAGAAGCCACCUCGUGAACUUCAAAGGAAGCAUUUCAAACAGUGUAUUGUGUUUGCUCAUGACCGGAAGAGCCACUCAGUUCUUACAUAACGGUGUCCAGUAUCGAGGAGAUGAAGAUAACGCGUCCAUAGCGGAAACGGGAUUAUUGAUUCGUUCACCGCUCGGCCUCCUCCUAUGGAUGGGCAACGAGGAAAAAACACAAGCCACUAAUCUUGGUUCCCGAUUAAAAACACCCAUCUUCCCCAUUUGGCUAGUGAUCUGCUGUGACCAAUCUGGCCUUCUAUUCUGCUUAGACCGAGCGCUAAUGCGAGACUAUCGAAACGAAUACAACUUCCAGCUUCACUACUAUACCAGUUCGCAUUUUCAGACCGGUGACACUAUUUUGAAUGUAUGCACACGUGGAUUUGAUGACACCGAAUCCGAGAUUCCUCUUAGUACGCUGGACAAGAUCAUCAGAACCAAGUGGAGCGGGGCGCGCGUGAACUGGAACGGCAUUGUUCCCUACUUGUGAGAUUGUUUUCGAAGAAAUAUUUUUGUUCUCUCAGUCCUCCUCAUAAACAAACUUGAAAAGAAAAAAAAACGGUGCACAAAACAAACACCAUAACACGCACUUUUUUAUACGAUGGAUCAGCAACCAAUUCACCUUAAAAAAAAACGAAACAAAAAGACAGGCGUCAAUGAAGGGAUUUCACAAUGACUCGUCGACGGGGAGCAAUCAACGAAAGACGACGGGGAAUGGUGUCUAGUCUUCCCGCAUGCACGUCACUUGUAAAUUAGGAAAUUUGUCUAGUAGCUCCGGUGGUAUUAAUGUAAACACCACACUGACGAUGGUACGAAAAGAAAAUGAGACAAUAUCGACCGGUCUUGGACAAGUCUGUAACCUUGUUUGUAUAAGCUAGUCUAGAUUUGAUGCUGGUCGAUUCAAAAACCAUGUUCCAUUGUGUACCAGCAAUAAAGUGACAGCACAAUUUUGCCAGAA